AUACAUUCUCAUCAUCAAGAGAAGAUAACGAUACAGAUACGCUCUUCCAAAACAGGUAUAUCCACAUCCGUGAGCUACAUUACCACGCCACCAACACUAAAGCCCGUAGGAACUCAGUACAUGUCCCAUGCAUCCACUACAACACCCGUAACAACAACAGGCACGUUAACAUCUCAUAUUGAUCUACUUACAAGAACAGAUCAUAACAUCACGACGCCUAAAACAACAAUCACGACCCCUGUAUCAAAGUCUACACGUGCACCCGUAGAGUUAAACAAGUCUUUUCCGUCAUCGACAGUCAGAGUUACAGAAAGUCUUCACUUGACCACAUUGCCCAUAUCGAGAAAUACGGCCACAAGUUCUGAUAUCACAUUUUCAGUCAAACAUGCGAACGGAACUACUACACCUUAUGGUUAUCAAAAUGACACGGCGGUAUUAACGACAGAGAAUCAGACAAAAAGCUAUAGUUCGACGACAUUCAUGACAACAGUAACGACGGACGAUCAUUCUGCUACAUCACCUAUGACAACGCCGCCAACAACCACAGCAACAUUACCAAUGGUUACGUCUAGAAAAACCGAUUCUUCCAAUACGUCAAUGGUGUUUGGCACACGCACAAAGGGUCCACACACUGACAGUACCAGAACAACAGGGUCGCUGUCACAAACUAAAUCAUUCGCUAGUGCUAUAACCGUACCGGGGAACACAUUACAGUAUUCAAACAGCCCGGCCUUUACACAAAUUCCUAUCACAACAGGCACGAAAAAUACUUUACUGAAAACUAUGUCCUCUUGGCAAUACACAAAAAGAAAUUUAGCGAUAUCCUCCACCGCCACCACAAGUGCACCGACUUCAGAGGUAAAUUCAGACAACCUCGCCUCCACACAGGUUUCAACACUGGACACAGCAAAUACUCGUUUAACAUCACAACACAUAACGGUUACACCGACAUACCGACAUGAACAGCAAAACUCGUCGCACAAUUUAUCUAGAACGGAAAUUCCCACAUCUACUCUUUUACCAGCCACUGUGUCUCCUAGAACAAGGACAGAAAGUACGACACCAACACAUGAGGACGAACCUGCCACGAUAGUUGUAGAAACAGAAACAGACAUUCUUACAAACCCUCCAACUGUCGCUCGCCCACACACCAACACCCACUUCAACAAACACAACCACACGACGGUACUUAGUAGGGAAUCAACGGCAAGAUUUACCACAGAGUCCAGAAAAUCAGAAACAGCCACAACUUCAACAAUCAUCAACGCAGAAGUGAGGACAACGACACAGACCACAUCCAGAAUCAAACUGGCGGACGUAGACGCCCCUCAGACUAAAAAGGGGUGUGAAGUGAUGACGUUCCCAGCGCCCAUAGGGACCGUGGCGAGAAGGGUUGAGGAGGACACCCCAGUUCACAUGUACAUCGCCAUCGGGGGCGCCGCCGGCGGUGCCACACUGCUUCUCGCGGCAGCUAUGCUGGGCUGGGUGUGUUGGCGGAGGACAAUGGUCAAAAGGGCACAUGUUUAUACCAAUGCGGGUUUUGCAAAAGAAAACAUUAUCUACGAAGAUCCCAUUUACCUUUGGCCCAAGGACAUCGUAAACACAGACGACGUGAAAUGGACCAGUGAAGACCAGGUGACCCUGUGGCCGUGGGAGGCCACUCCUAUCUACCAGCGGCAGUGGUUACCUACACCCUCCACCAUCUCAGAGGAGGAGGAGAUAUCAUAACAAUAAUAUCUUCAGGGUAAAACAAGUGAUUCCAUGCCGCCAUGAUGACGUCAACAAAGCAGCCAGCAAAUAUCAUGUCUACAAUAAAGACUUUUUUAUUGAUGUACUUUUCAUUACUGUGACAUGAAUUCCCAAGUGAGGUUGUUGACGUGCCCGCAGACGUAAAUUUAAUCUAACAUGAUGUAAAUGACGUUCUAUCAUGGUUGAAUCGGGGUCAAAUAUCAUGAGCGCUCCCUCGCGUGAGCUGUUCAUAUUGCAGAAUACGUCGAAAUAGAAUAUCUCUGUUUUCUAUGUACUGGCUCAGUCCAUGAGUAUGACAAUAAAGUGAUAAUUUUCCUUUA